UUCAAUUAUUCAUCAAUAUGGAGAUUCUUAAAACAGUGUCAUUGUCAUUAAAUUUCAUCACAUUAGUGUGUCUAACUAAUAUUAAGUAAUUAUAUUGAUCAUUUAUAUAUACCGUUAUAGAUUAUAUAUUCGCAUUCCUUUGUGUUCAGUAGUACGUUCAGUUUUUUUCCCUAUUUAUUGUACAUUUUGCCAGCUCUCAACUAAUAUUUAAAAAAAACAACAACAUCCUCACUGCAAAACAAAAACUAAGAACAAAUGACAAUUAGAUCCAUGCUGUAGAUGUAGAUAAAUGUUGAAUGAAUAUUAGGGCCAUACGCCAUUAAAAUAUUAAUAUUAAGUGUAAAAUUUUAUUAUUACAAGAAAAACAUAAUGUUUUGCUGUGAAGUAGUACCGUAGUGAGACUAUAGAAAAUUGUUAUGCAACAUAACAUAACAUUACCUUAUUACAUUUGUACAUUGGUGAUGUUUCAAGCGGCAUACAAGAGGCCGCGUGGUGGCCUAUAGCGGUUAGCAUGUUGGCCACACAAACAGUAGAUUGGGAUGUUUUGGGUUAACGCUCCAUUUGUAUGCGUGCAUGGGUUUUCCUCCCUCAUUCCAAAAAUAUGCUUGUAAGGUUAAUUGGACACUCUAAAUUAGUCCAUAGGUAUGAACGUGAGUGGGAUUAUUAGUGAUUAUCCAUAUUCCUUUAUUUGCAGUACGUUAUAUUAAUAUUAUAUGUUUUAUUCCUUUUUGUAAUUUAAGGUUAAAUGAUAGUUUCCUGUAGAAAAAAUAUAACAAUAAAGGACAAUUAUUUUACAAAGGUGUGUUACGGCUGUCAAACUCCAACUCCCAUAGUGCAAAGCGCGCAAUCCGGAAGUACGUCAUCACGUUGUUGGAACCUUCAGCUGUCAGACUUUGGCCACCCUAAAAAGUGCAGGUUUUUGUUAGCAAACUUGCUCGAAGUGUGCAGACCGCGCUGUCUUCAAUCCAAACCGUGCAUUUUGUCGCUGAUCGCCUUGCGAACGCAUUGAGAGCGUUUAGAACGCAUCAAGACGAAUCAUUUGUGCGUUAAUCGCUGCUAGUUUUUUUGCACGGCCAGCCUGCGAUCCUGAGCGGGUGUACGGCUUCGAUGCAGGGAGGGAGGGAGUAGAAAAAGGCAAAAGUCUUUGUGCUUCCCUUCCCCCUCAUCAAAGCAAAGGGGAAAUGUCUGUCUCCAAAGGAGGGAAGAAGAAGAACCCAGGGCUGAGGCUGGCCAAAGAAGUGUUUACACAGCCCCAACCAGCAGUAGCAGCGCCUCCGCGAGACCUUGACUCCAAAGCAUGCGUCACAAUCGGAGACAAGAACUUUGUGGUGAAAGCGGAUGACUUGGAAGAGAUUGCAGAGCUGGGGAGGGGAGCGUACGGCGUGGUCCACCAAAUGAGACACGUGCCCAGCGGCGUCAUCAUGGCUGUCAAGAGGAUCCGAGCCACCGUCAACACGCUGGAACAGAAGAGGCUCCUGAUGGACCUGGACAUCUCCAUGAGGACGGUGGACUGCUUCUACACCGUCACCUUCUACGGCGCCCUCUUCAGAGAGGGCGAUGUUUGGAUCUGCAUGGAGUUGAUGGACACCUCACUGGAUAAGUUUUACAAGAAGGUCAUUGAGAAAGGCAAGACCAUCCCUGAAGACAUCCUGGGCAAGAUCACGGUAGCUAUCGUAAAGGCAUUAGAGCACCUGCACAGUAACCUGUCAGUCAUACACCGAGAUGUGAAGCCCUCCAAUGUUCUGAUCAACACUCAGGGCCAAGUGAAAAUGUGCGACUUUGGCAUCAGCGGCCACCUGGUGGACUCCGUGGCCAAGACCAUGGAUGCUGGCUGCAAGCCCUACAUGGCGCCUGAGCGCAUCAACCCUGACCUCAACCAGAAGGGCUACAGCGUCAAGUCAGACAUAUGGAGUCUGGGUAUCACAAUGAUCGAGUUGGCCAUCCUGAAGUUCCCCUAUGACUCGUGGGGCACGCCCUUCCAGCAGCUCAAACAGGUGGUGGAUGAGCCAUCCCCCCAGCUGCCCGCUGACCGCUUUUCACCAGACUUUGUAGACUUCAUCUCCCAGUGCUUAAGAAAGAAGCCCAAUGAGAGACCAGCUUAUACAGAAUUAAUGAAACAUCCCUUUUUCACCUUGCAUGACUCCAAAGAGACAGACGUGGCCAGUUUUGUCAAGGUCGUCCUGGACGACUGAUCAUGAGUAGGCGCCACUUCUCACUCAGUCAACACACCGAUGAUGGCCUACCUUUUUUUGUUUUGUUUUGGGGUUUUUUUAGAAAAAGAAAUGAAAUGGACUCUCAAGCCGCUGUUCUCAGCAGAGAGAAGGGAGCUUCACACAUCAACUGGAGAAGUUUGACUCAAACUCGCUCAAUGAACUUUUUUUGCUUUUAUUUUUUUCCCCCUUCUUUACAGAGCCGGACAUUUUUCUUUGUGACACAUUUAUUACAAUUUAGUGUUGUCAUCAUACAGCGUUUUGAUACUGUAUAUCGUUUAUGUGUGUGUGUGUGUGUGUGUGUGUGUUUAAAUUUUACCGGAUGGUGUCAGGAUGCCAGUUUUGGCCCUCUUCUUGGGUCGCUCAUUAAUAUCAAAGGUCAUGCUGGGGGGGAGCAAUAAAUCACAGUCAAGGUAAAAGCCAUGAAAUAUACCUAAAAUGUUGUCUGAAAAUAAGGAACUAAACAUCUAAUACAGGGGUGUCCAAUCUUUUUCAGGAUACAGGGACCACCUGCAUCUAAGAUGCUAAAACCAAUCCAUUGUAAGUCAGUCAUAUGCCAAGCUAUCUGAACAAAACAUUGGCAUCUUAGCUUUGCAUUGAUGAAAGUAGUUUCACAUCUACAAAUAAAUAUACCUUAAAUUGGCUGAAAAUGGCCCGCGGUCCACACUUGGGACACACCUGAAGCCCACCAUUAUGUGACUUGUUGUCAUGGAUACCUGGACUCAACUUCAGUCAAGUGUGUGUCAUUGGUUUCUCUAGAAAUUCCAGAUGCAUUUAAAAUCAUUUGGCUUAUUUUUCUUUUUUCUAUUUUUCUCUUAAAGCCACACACACACACACACACACAGUAUGUUGGGGAAUAAUUUAUAUGUUGAAGAUGUAAAUACUAUCUCCUUGUGUGUUUUUUUUAAUGUUACACUGUCUGAUCCUGACAGUGCAGCAGAGUGUCUGGUAGUAGUUUAUUUUAAUGCAGUGUGACAUGCACAUACAUACAUAAACAUACAUACACAUAUAAAUCUUCUAGCAGGGCCUUUUUUGGAUGUACCGCUCAGGUUUCCGUGGCCUGCUUCUGCCUGAGCCUUUCUAUGCAGCAUCAGGACCGACUCCCCAAGUGUUCACAGACUGUGAUGUCAGUCAUGUUGCUCUGCUUUACACUGUAGUGCCACCUCCAUCAAAAACGAACAGCGAGUAUUUAUGAUUGUGACUUAUAAGGGAACGUGAGCAACACCGCUAAAAAAAAAAAGCUGCUGUUAUUUCCCCCCUUCCUCCUCGUUUUUAAGAAAAAAAAAUCCCUUCCCUUUUUAGGAGUGUAAAAGUGGACUUUUUACAUGGCUCACAAUGAGAAUGGAACACUUGCUCUACCUCUUACUCCUUCACUCUAUUUGCCACCUUGUCAUUUGGUGGGACUGACAAACUUGAACUGUGGAAAGACAAAAAAAAGAUAAAAUAAAUAAAGGCUUUA